CACCGGCUGUGUGUGUGUUGAGGCUGACACACACAUAUACAUACACACACAAUUCACACACACGCACGCGCACACACACACGCAGGCGGCCAGGCAGGCACAUGCACGUUCCGUGUCAUCGGCGUGAUUAGGCGGCCGUGGACGGUCCACAGACUGCGGGCUACCUGAGCACCGACCACCGGCUUUGAUUCGGAUUAAAACCCCCCGUUUGUCUUUGAUCCGGCGGAGAUCACCUGACUGUAAUGCGGCGCGAGGCUAAGGCGGAGGAUAGCCCAGCCUGGGUGCACUGAUACACAGCCCGGGGUUCAUUUACACCCAUUUGUCCGAGACACACACACAGGCACAUCCUUAGGGCUGGAGGUUCAGGCUGGUUUGGGGAAGCAGGCGCGAUGGCCAAUGCCUCCACUGACCUGGACAACGCUGAGGCCCAGAGACAACUAAACAACAACAACAGGCCCACCAGCACAGGAUUCUGGGAAACGGAGACCACCAGCUCAAAACUGUUUGAGUGCUCACGCAUUAAAGCACUGGCAGAUGAGAGAGAUGCAGUGCAGAAGAAAACCUUUACUAAGUGGGUGAACGCUCACCUGGCCCGCGUGUCCUGCCGCAUCUCUGACCUUUACAACGACCUGAGGGACGGCUACAUGCUCACUAGACUGCUGGAGGUGCUCUCAGGGGAGCUGCUGCCCCGUCCAACACGAGGCCGAAUGCGGAUCCACUGCCUGGAGAAUGUGGAUAAGGCUCUUCAGUUCCUUAAAGAGCAAAGGGUUCACCUGGAGAAUGUUGGAUCCCAUGAUAUCGUCGAUGGCAACCACCGCCUCACCCUUGGCCUUAUCUGGACCAUCAUCCUGCGCUUCCAGAUCCAAGUGAUUAAGAUUGAAACUGAGGACAACCGGGAGACGCGUUCAGCCAAGGAUGCCCUGCUGCUUUGGUGCCAGAUGAAAACAGCAGGGUAUCCUGAGGUCAAUAUUCAUAAUUUCACCACAUGCUGGAGGGAUGGAUUGGCUUUCAAUGCACUUAUACACCGUCACAGGCCUGAUCUGAUCGAGUUUCACAAGCUGACCAGAUCGAACGCCACACACAACCUCCAGCAAGCCUUCAACAUCGCUGAGCAGAGCCUGGGGCUCGCUAAGCUACUGGAUCCAGAAGAUGUGAACACGGAGAACCCCGAUGAGAAGUCUAUAAUAACCUAUGUAGUAUCCUACUAUCACUACUUCUCCAAAAUGAAAGCUCUUAUAGUGGAGGGCAAAAGGAUUGGAAAGGUGUUGGACAAUGCCAUAGAAGCAGAGAAGAUCAUUCAGCGCUAUGAUGCUCUGGCCUCGGAACUGCUGGAGUGGAUAGAAAAGACGAUCAGCAUCAUCAGCAACCAGAAGUUUGCUAACUCGCUAACAGGCGUACAGCAGCAGCUUCAAGCCUUUACAACUUACUGCACCAUCGAGAAGCCUAUAAAGUUCCAGGAGAAAGGAAACCUGGAGGUGCUGCUCUUUACCAUCCAAAGCAAGCUCAGAGCUAACAACCAGAAGCCAUACGUGCCUCACGAAGGAAAACUCAUCUCUGAUAUCAACAAAGCAUGGGAAAGGUUGGAGAAGGCGGAGCAUGAGAGGGGCGUGGCGCUGAGGAAGGAGCUGAUUCGUCAGGAGAAGCUGGAGCUCCUUGCUCAACGCUUUGAUCACAAGACCACUAUGAGGCAGGCGUGGCUCAAUGAGAACCAGCGGCUGGUUUCACAGGAUAACUUUGGCUACGACCUGCCUGCAGUUGAAGCAGCCAUGAAGAAGCACGAGGCGAUUGAGGCAGACAUUUCAUCCUACGAGGAGCGCAUCGGUGUGGUGGUUGAGCUGGCGUCCGAAAUGGAGGUGGAGGGAUAUUAUGAUAUCCGGCGAAUCCUAGCCCGUAAGGAGAACAUCCUGGGCCAGUGGAGUCUGCUGAAGGAGCUGGUGGUGGGGAGGAAAACUAGGCUAGAGAAGAACCUUGCCCUGCAGAAAACCUUCCAGGACAUGGUCUACAUGAUCGACUGGAUGGAGGAGAUGCAGAUAAUGCUGCUUUCUAAGGACUAUGGUAAACACCUGCUGGAGGUGGAGGAUCUGCUGCAGAAGCACGGGCUGCAGGAGGCCGAUAUCACCGUCCAGGCAGAAAGAGUCCAGACCCUUAAUGCUGCUGCUCUGAAGUUCACCAUCAUUGAGGGUUAUCAGCCGUGUGAUCCUCAGGUGAUCUGUAACCGGGUGAAUCACGUGACGACGUGUCUGGAGGAGCUGAAGCAGCUGGCGGGGAAGCGGCGCUUGGAGCUGGAGGACUCCCGGGAGCUGUGGGCUUUUUUCCAGGAGGUGGAGGAGUCUGAGGUGUGGAUCCGGGAGAAGAUGUCCAUCCUGGCCACUCAGGGCUGCGGGAGGGACCUGAGCAGCGUGCUGCGGCUCCUGCAGAAACACAAGGGUCUGUCCGGGGAGAUGCUGGCCCGCCGCGCUCUGCUCCAGCAGACCAUGAAGAAGGGCAAACAGAUCCUCACCCAGAAGAGCUUCGGCACCGCCGGCAUCCAGGAGAGGCUGAUGGAGGUCAAAGGGGAGUGGAAGAGGCUGGAGGACCAGGUUUCCCUGAGGCUCGGACAUCUUCAGGAGGCGCUGGACUUCUUCCAGUUCACCGUAGAGAUGGACGACCUGUCGGCCUGGUUGCAGGACGAGUACAGGCUCGUGUCCAGUGAAGAUUUCGGACAUGACGAGUACUCCACUCAGUCUCUGCUGAAGAAGCACCGCGGCGUCCGGGAGGACAUCGAUAAGCAUCGGCUGCAUGUUGUAGCUUUGCACAAACACAUGGUGGCGCUGCCGUUGGACUACCGCGAGUCGGAGGAGGUGCAGUUGCGUCUAGGGGAGGUGGAGCAGCUGUACACGGAGGUGGCGGAGGUGGCAAUAUUGAGGCAGCAGUGGCUCCAUGAUGCUCUGGCUGUGUAUCGGAUGUUCAGCGAGGUGAACGCCUGCGAGGUGUGGAUUGAUGAGAAGGAGCAAUGGCUGAACAAGAUGGAGGUUCCUGAGAGACUAGAGGAUGUGGAGGUGGUAGCACACAGGUUUGAAAGCCUGGAUCAAGAGAUGAACAGCCUGAUGGGACGUAUUCUGGAUGUUAAUCAGAUAGUACAGCAGCUGCUGGACAGUGGUCAUCCCAGCUCCACUGAGGUCCGGGGGUGUCAGGACCAUCUCAACAGCAGGUGGAACCGAAUGGUGGAGCUUGUGGAGCAUAAGAAGGAUCAUCUGGACUCCAUCCUCCGUAUCCAGAACUACCUGCUGGAGUGCACUGAAAUAAAGUCGCAGAUCCAGGAGAAACGCAAAGCUAUCGACGCCACGCAGUAUGUGGGCAGCGACCUGGGCAGCGUUCUGGCCCUCCAGCGCCGCCUGUCCACUAUGGAAGGAGCUCUAGCUGUCCUGGAGCCCAAACUCAUCCACCUGCAGCAGGAGGCCGAGGAACUGGCGACUUCGCACACGGACAAAGCCGUGGAGAUCCUGGUACCAUUCGAAGGCAUCAGCGUUGAAUGGGAGGAGCUAAAGCGUACUCUCCAGGGCUGUGAAGAUUCCCUGACUGUAGCCGGACGUCUGCAGCAGUUUAUCCAGGACCUGGACUCCUUCUUAACGUGGCUGGUUCAGACGCAGACGGCCGCAGCUUCGGAUGAUCUGCCCAACACUCUGGAAGAAGCGGAGCGUCUGAUAAACCUGCACGCUGCUCUGAAAGAGGAGAUCGGACGCUACGAGGAGGAUUACGAGCGUCUGCAGGCGGUCAAUGAGCUGCUGGAGUCUGAGGAUGCUCCGCUGCCGUACGCCGCUCUACAGCAGUGGCUCCACAAGCUGGACGUGGGCUGGAACAAGCUGCUGGAGAUGUGGGAGAGCAGAAGGGAGGUUCUGGUCCAGGCACACAUUUUCCACCUGUUUCUGAGGGAUGUUAAGCAGGCUGAGGCUUUCCUCAAUAACCAGGAAUCAGCUCUGGCCCAUGUUGAGCUCCCCACCACGGUGGAGACGGUGGAAGCUGCCAUUAAGAAGCACAAAGAAUUUACCACCACCAUGGAGCUGAACCUGCACCGGAUCAAAGCCGUAAUAGAAGCUGGAGAGAGUCUCAUCAGUCAGAGCAACAUCUACUCUGACCGCAUCAGAGAACGAGUGGAUUUACUCGCAACCAGAGGGAACCAAAACCGUGACCUGGCUCAGCAGUGGCUCAGUAAACUCAACGAUCAGUGGGAGCUGCAGAGGUUCCUGCAGGACUGUCAUGAGAUUGGAGACUGGGUGGCAGAGAAGAUGCUAAUGGCUCGCGAUGCGUCCCGAGACGAGACACAGAAGCUACAUAAAAAAUGGCUGAAACAUCAGGCCUUCAUGGCAGAACUCGCACAGAACAAGGAGUGGCUGGACAAGAUUGAGAAGGAAGGUGAGAAGCUGAUGCAGGAGAAGCCUGAGCUGAGCUCCGUGGUCCAGCAGAAGCUGAGCGAGAUCCGGGAGUGCUGGCAGGACCUGGAGAGCACCACUCAGGCCAAGGCCAGGCAGCUAUUUGAGGCCAGCCGGGCUGACCUUCUGGCACAGAGCUACUCCAGCCUGGACCAGCGGCUGCAGCAGCUGGAGGUUCAGCUGGCCCACAGGGACUACGGCCAGGACCUCACAACGGUCAACAAGCAUCUGAAGAGACUGCAGACGAUGGAGAAUCAGAUGGAGGAGUGGUAUAAGGAGGCUGAGGAUCUGCAGGUGGAGGCUGCCUCUAUCCCGCAGCAGGGGCAGAUGAUGGAUGCGGUAUCCGAGCGACAGGCUACCGUUGAAACGCGUAUCGUCCGACUCAUCGAGCCACUUAAGGAGAGAAGGAGGAUCCUAUUGGCCUCCAAAGAGGUUCACCAAGUGGGACGAGACCUGGAGGAUGAAAUUUUGUGGGUGCAGGAGCGCCUUCCUAUGGCCACCUCACAGGAGCACGGGAGCAGUUUACAGGCUGUGCAGCAGCUCAUGAAGAAGAAUCAGACCCUGCAGAGGGAGCUGGAGGGCCACCGCGGGCGGGUGGAGGACGUGCUGGAGAGAUCGGCAGUCGUUGCGUCUGUCCGCAGCCCUGAGGCGGAGUGCGUGCGGAUGGGGAUGGAGCAGCUGCAGCAGUUGUGGGAGGUGCUGUGGGUGGAGACGGAGCGCAGGCAGCUCACCCUGGAUGCCAUGUACCAGGCCCAGCAGUACUACUUCGACAUUACAGAGGUAGAAGCUUGGCUUAGCGAACAGGAGCUGCACAUGAUGAACGAGGAGAAAGGAAAGGACGAGCCGAGUACACUGCAGCUGCUGAAGAAGCACCUGGUUCUGGAGCAGACAAUAGAGGACUAUGCAGAAACCAUCGGUCUUCUCUCACAGCAAUGCAGACAACUGCUGGAAAUAGGACAUCCAGACAGUGAGCAGAUCAGUAAGCGUCAGUCUCAGAUCGACCGGCUGUACGUGUCUCUGAAGGAUCUGGUGGACGAGAGGAAGUGUUGUCUGGAGCAGCAGUACUGGCUUUUUCAGCUGAACCGGGAGGUGGACGAGUUGGAGCAGUGGAUCGCUGAGAGAGAAAUGACUGCCAGCUCCACGGAACUGGGGCAGGACUACGAGCAUGUAACUAUCCUGCAGGAGAAGUUUACUGAGUUUGCAUCGGAGACGGGCACUCUGGGACAGGAGAGAGUGACAGCUGUCAAUCAGAUGGUUGAUGAGCUGAUUGAUUACGGGCAUGCUGACGCAGCCACCAUCGCAGAAUGGAAGGAUGGAGUGAACGAAGCCUGGGCUGAUCUGCUGGAGCUGAUGGAGACCAGAGCUCAGAUGCUGGCGGCUUCACACCAGCUCCACAAGUUCUUCUCUGACUGCAGGGAGGUUUUAACUCAGAUAGAUGAUAAGCAGCGGCGUCUACCGGAGGUUCGUGCACUUCAGGACGGCUCAACCAACACCACCGCACUCCAGAGGCUGAUGAACACAUUCGAACAUGACAUUCAGCUGCUGGUCAAUCAGGUGCGGCAGCUGCAGGAAAGUGCUGCUCAGCUGCGGAUGGUCUACGCUGGAGAGAAGGCUGAAGCUAUCGGUAUGCAGGAGCAGAUAGUGAUGCAGGCGUGGAAAGAGCUGCUAAUUUCCUGUGAGGAGUGUCGUGUGCAGAUCACCACCGCGACUGACAAACUGCGUUUUUUCGGUGUGGUCCGAGACCAGCUGAUGUGGAUGGACAGCAUCAUCUGCCAGAUUGGGACAGAAGAGAAGCCCAGGGCUCUAACGGGCUGUGGGCUGUCUGCUGCUUGCAGGGACGUUUCCUCCGUGGAGGUGCUCAUGAACUACCAUCAGAGCCUGAAGAGCGAGGUGGAGGCGCGAAACAAGAGCAUGCUGCAGUGUAUCGAGAUGGGAAAGACGCUGCUGGCCGCCCGAAACCCGGCCUCAGAGGAGAUCAAAGAGAAGCUGGAGAAGGUUCUGGCGAAGCAGAGAGAGCUGACGGAGAAAUGGGAUAAACACUGGGAGGAGCUUCAGCACAUGUUGGAGGUUCAUCAGUUUGCUCAGGAGGCUGUAGUAGCUGAAGCGUGGCUGACUGCUCAGGAGCCGUUCAUCAACAGUCAGGAGCUGGGUGGCAGUGUGGAUGAAGUGGAGCAGCUGAUCCGGAGACAUGAAGCCUUUCGAAAGGCUGCAGCGACCUGGGAGGAGAGAUUCAGCUCUUUACGGCGACUCACGACGGUGGAAAAGAUAAAAGCGGAGCAGAGCAAGCUCCCGCCCACCCCUCUGCUGGGCCGCAAGGUAUUUUUAGACCCUCAGGACUCGUCUCCGGCCCGCAGCAGCCCCGCCUCCGUCAUCAGACAGACCAUCUAUGAACAGGGUGAGCUGCGCAGCGAGCGAAGCUCCGCCCAUCCAUCUCCGUCAUCUGUCGUUCGCAGGCUGGGCUCCACUGUGGCCAACUACACACCCAUCAUGAACGGCGCAGCCACUCACCGCAUUCAGGAAGCCAGGAGCGCUGGGCUGCUGGGCGUGGCUGCGGGUCUAGGGACAUCUACGGAGCCGAAGACCACUCAGAUUAAAGCCCAGAUUCAGGUUCCUCAGCAGAGGGUCGAGCACAUUCACGAAGCAGUGCGUCCCCUGAUUGAGAGGGAAAGGGAAAGAGAGAGGGAAAGGGAUCGGCAGCAGGAGAACGUGAUGGCGGAGGUAGUGAUGCUCCAGGAGCCUAUCCUUAAACGAGAGAGACUAAAUAGUGGCCCACUGGGCAGCGGAAGCAGCAGGUCAGAACUUCAGGUGGAACAGCAUCCUCCUCCGAGGGAAUCCCGGCUGGAACGGCAGCUGUCUAAUGAACAGCUGAUCCAGGCUCGGAGAGACGAGCUUCCCCAGGAGGUGUGGAGGGAGAGGGCGGAGCGCGCUGAGAGACGGCUGGAGAGACAGACGUCCAGUGAACAGGAAGGUUUGGCACAUGGGUACGAGGCCCGGCGGAAAGACAGGCACAGGCUGGAGCGUCAGGAGAGCAGCGAACAUGAGGCCAGAGAUCAAGUGGACAGACGCUCUGGAGGAGGAGAGAAAAUCACCACCUUAGCAGAGAUUGUGGAGCAACUUCAGGAGAGAGAAGCUGCACAAGCACGAGGAGAAAUCCCCCGCCUCCCAAACGGCCUUCCAGAGAAGUCUUCACGGCUGGACCGGCCACGGGCCCGAGACCGACCCAAGCCCAGGCGGAGGCCGCGGCCCAAAGAGACAACAGCGGGAGAAACGCGCCGAUCUCGAUCCGCUCCAGCACAAAGCAGCCCACCAGUGCCCCAACCGCCCUCACACACUGCCCAGCACGAGGGAUUCCUCUUCCGCAAGCUGGACAUCGAGAGCCAGAAGAAAAGCUCCAACAGCAGAUCUUGGGUGAACCUGUACUGCGUGCUGAAUAAGGGCGAGCUGGGCUUCUACAAGGACUCCAAGAACACGAGCACAUCCUACAACAAUGAGCCGCUGCUCAACCUCAGCGGCUGCGCCUGCGACAUCACUAACGGAUACAAGAAGAAGAAAAAUGUCUUCACUCUCAAAACUAAAGAUGGGAGUGAAUUCCUGUUCCAUGCAAAAGAUGAGGACGAUCUAAAGGGUUGGACGAGCAGCAUCACAGUGAGCAUUACUGAACACGAGGAGAUGUCCAAGUGGGGGCAGCCUCAUCAUCCUACUACCUCAUCCACCGACGAGGGCACACGGCGGGACGGCAGCAGGGCCGGCGGCUCAGAGAGGGGCGAGCGGUCGGACCGGGCCGACCGGGGCUCUGAGCGCUCGGACAAGGGCGAGAAACCGGAGAAGAAAACCGGAAAGAAGAAAUGAGCGCGUGCUCCACAGCGCCCUCUAAACCUCUAAGCGUGUAGUGUUCUAUACUGAGACAGGAAAAAGAGGACCUGAUUUGAGAUCAGGUGGCCUGGUGCGACGGGACUGCACUGACCGCACGGAGAAAACACACACACACACACGUCUCCGUCUCGCCGCCUCGUCGCCGGAGAACAAACUCGACCAGGCACUGAGCGCCCCCCGGUGGCUGCUGGAGGAAAUGACACUCGGUAGCCAGCGUUUGGGCCAAAGAGCAGUGGGGAGAGGUAAAUUAAAAUAAACGCAAAGUGGUUCUGAGAGAUGUUACAACGAAGUAGCUAAUGAUAUUUAUUUUUUAACCUGUUGAAAGACGAAUCCUAUAUGUGUAAACCGUCUAUUUGUAUAUUGUGCGUCUCCACAUCUAACCUUAUCCGAUCUAAUGCUGAAGAGAAUGGAAAUAUGCCAAAAUCUUUCUUGGAGAUUUGUUAUUUUAUCCUUCGGAGGAGCAUGUUUGUCUGUUUCUCACUUCUUUUGCUCUUUUUAUACUAUUAACCUGUUUUUUGUUUUUAUUUAGCGGUUCUUCCAUUGACUUACACUUUGUAGACCACAACAGCGUGGCUGAACGUAUGAUAUUGUCCAGCAUGCCUACUGGGUUCAAAACCUUCAUCUGGGAAACUUUAAACGGUCUGUUCACAAAUAAAGGGAAGAUGAUCUGUGUAUGGAGGGUGUGUGGUGUGUGAAGUGCGCUCUAUGUGGUUCUAAACAGAGUGACCCAUAGCGUUGGUACCCCUGUCACAUUUUGGUGGGAUGGGAAAAGACAGGAAAUGACUAAAAUAACUGUGACAGCCUGUGUAUCCUGUUUAAAGUGUUUUGCAGGGACCAAUCUGUCAUAUCCGUCUUGUCCUUGUUUGCACCACAUGAACAAAAAUGUCACAUUGUGUGAAACGAAGGCCUUGUCCACUCGUGGAUAUCUUUGAAAACAUAGUUUUCUCAGUCUUGUGCUCUUCUGUCCACACCAAACAUUUAUUUUCUUUACUGGGAACUGAACACUUUUUUUUUAAUAAAUGUUUUCUCACUGUUUCUUAAACUACCCCCAAGGUUUUUUUUACCAGUCUGGUCAUAACCAAUGCGAAUGACCUUUAUCACACUAUGCUAACAGUGCCUGGAGUGUAAUAGAGCUGGCAUGGUCUUCCUUCAAGGAGUGAAGCUCCACCACAUCUUUUCAAACUGCCUCUAACAUCAGUGGAGCUCAACACGCUUGGAGGAGAAUGCUAACCUCUAAUACUGUUAUGUCAUCUAACAGACUCCUACACUGCCUGGCAUCAGUGCUUAGUGAUCAGGUAGACGGGGGUCAUUAUACCCACCUAUAGAGAGAGGAAGAUGCUUUAACCAGAUUUGGUCAUACACUCUAAACCAGAAGUAUGUGGAGGUUUUAGAAAUAGCAACAUAACACAACAGUAAGUUAUGUAUAUAUAUAUAUAUAUAUAUAUAUAUAUAUAUAUAUAUAUAUAUAUAUAUAUAUAUAUAUAUUAUUUUGUUCACUUCUGAAACUUUAAGUUGAUGGAAAUCAGAUUUUGAAUCUCUGUGAGAUAUUGAGUUACAAAGACCUGCUGUUUGCAACACACUAAUAUAAUUACAUUUUUUAGAAAAUCUUUUUUGCUAGAAAUGUUUUUAGCAUUUUAUUUAUGAUAUUCUUGCUAAACAAUUUUAGUUUUUAUUGUUUUUAAUAGAAUAGAAACUAUGUUAAAGUUUAGAUUAGUUUUUUGUUAGAAUGUGCACUAAUGAGCAUUUUUUGGUGUAAUUCGUAUUUUCCAAUAAUACAGUUGGAAACUGAGAGAAAAACUAUGUUUUCAAAAAUAUUCUGACACCUGGAUGUGGCCUAAAGUGAGUGAGUGUGAGUGUGUGUGUGUGUGUGUGUGUGUGUGUGUGUGUGUGUGUGCGUCUGUGUGUGUGUGUGUGUGUGUGUGUGUGUUUGCUUACAUUAUCCAGGUAAUGAUAAACUCAGGCAUCUCUGUUAAGCCCUGGUCUUCCUCAUGUCAGACUAGUGAGUGAACUGCGGUCUGUUUGCUGUGUGUAAAAUGUGUGUACACUUUUGUUCUCCUCCACUUCUGCAGAAUGACGGCGCUGCAUGAACAGAGAAUAAACAUUUUCUUAGUAA